AUGUCCGACUCCCUGGUAUCCUUCCCGUCAACGUGGACUGCACCGACAUCAUGCUUUGCCUCGACAAACUACUACUACGUCCUGCUGGACGGCGGAUCGUUCUUCAGCAAUAUGUACGGCACGCCGACGCCGGUGCUCACCGGUAACACGCCGUCGGGCGAUUGCGUCCCCCCAUCUUUCACCAUCAACCAGCCCUACCUCACUGACGGCGACUGCCCUCGUGGCUACACGACUGCCUGUGCCACCGGCAGCCCCGAGAGCACUCGUACCGUCACGUGUUGUCCAAGUGUGACGAGGGAUGUAUUUUCUUUCAUGUGCAAGGAAAAUGAGUACGGCUGCCACGCGACAGCCACUGUAGGCGCUGUCUGGACCGGCACCGAGACAAACAUCGACCUGGAAACUCCUACAGAGUCACCGUUGACGAAGACACCAUCCACGGAAGAGGGAAUCGAAGCAUGGGGUAUCAAGCUCAUCUCGGUACCUGUAACAGCAACGGCAACGGAAACGGCAACGGCAACUGAUGAGAUAUCAACCUCAAACACGAUAGAGGAGACAACUGCGGCAGGGACGACUGCAGCCAAUGUUAAGCCAACCCACAGUACACCGUCGCCAGACCACAAAGGACUCUCUACCGGGGCUGCAGCAGGCAUUGGGGUUGGGAGUGCCGCGGUUGUGAUACUCCUAGCCCUAGGCGCACUCCUCCUCUAUCGUCACCGUCGGAAGAAACAGAGAGCCGGAGGCGCUACUCCCGCUGGAAGUGAACGCGAUGGUGCGGAGAUGUACAAGUACCCGUAUCAGCCAACCGCCCUAGGCACCGCAGGCAAUGAGGUUUUUCAACAGUACUACUACCGAACAGCCGAACCACAGGAGCUCGAAGCUUCCGGUAACAAGGGGAGACAGGAGCUUUCUUAA